GCAUGCAAGGUGAAAAAGGGAGAAACCUGCAAAUGCUAAAAGGAAAGGUGCCAACCUUUCCUUGAGCUCAAAUGAAUUCAGCUGUUUCAGCCUUCCACUCAUACCAAGACUUUCAUUCUCUCUUUUAUCCCAAGCAGAUGAAAACCAAAACAGUAUGGAGCCCUGAGUCAUAUCAUCAGAAACAAGUGAGCAUGAAGUAAGAAUAGAGACAUUUCUAAAUUAAACAGUAUCCAAAAAGCAAAAGGAAAAUCAAGGAAAGAACAAGAGGAAAAUGUCCUGUUUCUCUCCGAGUAUUGGAGACCAUAACCCUUUAUUCCAGAAGUUCAGAAAAGAAGGAGAAAUGGUCUAGGGUGUGAUAAAUUGCCAAAAGAUAGAUGAAGAAAUAAACCCAAAUUGUAGGAACUACAAUACCAAAUGAAUGUGCAGAGUAUAGUAAUGAAGAAUCCUCGACUUAAAAGAACUCACAUUGUGCAAUACCCAAAUGAACACGUGUGCUACGGAAACAGCCUCAGAGAGAGCAGAGGUUUUAGUGAGCAUCACUGAUCCAACACUUUCAGGAAGCCAUCUAGAAACAUGGAAUGUAGGCCAAGCUUAAAUGCUGGUGGAAGGCAAACAAAAAACAAGAGAGUCCAGACUGGAGAGCAGCCAUAUAAAUGCAUAGAAUAUGCUAAGAACUUCAGUGACUCUGGAACUCUUUCUAGACAUCCAAGGAAGGAUAGAGCGGAGAGAACAAAUAAAUGCUUGGAAUGUGGAAAGAGCUUCAGUCGGAGUGGAAUUCUUACUAACCAUCAAAGAAUCCACACUGGGGAGAAGCCAUACACAUGCAUGGAAUGUGGAAAGCGCUUCACUCAAAGCGGAAGUCUUUUUCAACAUCAAAGAAGCCACACUGGGGACAGGCCAUACAUAUGCAUGGAAUGUGGCAAGAGCUUCAGUCAAAGUGGAAACCUUACAAGCCAUCAACGAACCCACACUGGGGAGAAGCCAUACAAAUGCAAGGAAUGUGGAAAGAGCUUCAGUGACAGUGGAAGUCGUACUAAACAUCAGAGAAGACACACUGGGGAGAAGCCAUACACUUGCAUGGAAUGUGGGAAGUGCUUCCAUAUAAGUGGCGGCCUUACUAAACAUCAAAGAAUGCACACUGGGGAAAGGCCAUACAUAUGCGUGGAAUGUGGAAAGAGCUUCCAUGAAAGUGGGGGUCUUACUCAACAUCAAAGAAUCCACACUGGGGAGAAGCCAUACACAUGUAUGGAAU